AUGUCCUCCGCCGCCACCGAGAUCAAGUGGGUCGGCGCUCGCCCCGACGACCUGCACCACCACCUGCGCGACGGCGACGCCGCGCUGGCCCGCACCGUGUCCCACGUGACGUCCCAGUUCGCGCGCUGCAUCGUCAUGCCCAACCUCGUGCCGCCCGUGACCACCACGGAGCAGGCGCUGGCCUACCGCGAGCGCAUCCUGGCCCACGUGCCGGAGGACAAGCGCGACCCGAGCGGCCCCAAGGGCUUCGAGCCCCUCAUGACGCUCUACAUGACGGACGGCACCACCGCCGACGAGAUCCGCCGCGCCGCCGCCACCAACAAGAUCUUCGCCGUCAAGCUCUACCCUGCUGGAGCCACGACCAACUCGGACUCGGGCGUGACCAAGAUCGACAACAUCUACCCGGCCCUCGAGGCCAUGAGCGAGGUCGGCAUGCCGCUGCUGGUGCACGGCGAAGUGACCGACCCGUCCGUGGACCUGUUCGACCGCGAGGCCACCUUCGUGGAGGAGGUGAUCAAGCCCCUCGUGGCCAAGUUCCCGCAGCUCAAGGUGGUCAUGGAGCACAUCACGACCAAGGAGGCGGCCGAGUUCGUCACCAACGCGCCGGCCAACGUUGCUGCGACGAUCACGCCGCAGCACCUGCUGUACAACCGCAACGCCAUUUUCCAGGGCGGCCUGCGUCCGCACAAGUACUGCCUCCCGGUGCUCAAGCGCGAGACCCACCGCCAGGCUCUGCUGCAGGCCGUCGCCAGCGGCAGCAAGAAGUUCUUCCUCGGAACGGACAGCGCGCCCCACGUUGCCUCCAAGAAGGAGUCGGGCUGCGGCUGCGCCGGCAUCUACUCGGCCCACGCUGCACUCGAGCUGUACGCGGAGGCCUUCGAGUCCAUCGGCAAGCUGGACCUGCUCCGCGCAUUCGCGUGCGAGAACGGCGCGGACUUCUACGGCCUCAAGCGCAACACCGUGGGCGAGACCGUCUUGAAGCAGGAGGAGUGGACGGUGCCGGGCAGCUACCCGUUCGACAACGGCGUCGUCGUCCCCCUCAAGGCCGGCGAGACCAUCCGCUGGAAGCUGCAGCAGUAA